AUGGAUAUUGAUGAGGUAGAUGAAACUCUUCCCCCGAUAGAUGAUCAAGAUCAACCACCUCUCACUCAAACUGAAAACCCUACUCCUUCUACUGAUCAGGGUAGAAAAACUAGAGCUAGAAAGAGGGUUAGACCUCCCAUCCCGAGUGCUAGUAGUACUGGGAAAACAAAGGGAAAAUGGUCAUCUAUUUGGAAUCAUUUUACUAAGGAAGAUCCUCCUCCACCCUCGACAGAUCCUAACGAAGAGUCUCCUCCCCCCAAGUGUAUAUGUAAUUAUUGUGGGUCUGACUUCUUGUGUGACAGUAGAAAACAUGAGACUAGUCAUUUGUGGAACCAUUUUAAGAAAGUAUGCAAGCUAAGUCCAUAUAAGAUUGAUGAGCAGAGACAAAAGACUUUAAGCUUUCAGCAUGUAAAGGGAGGGAAAGAGGGGGAGACAAGCUUAGUAGCUGUAGCUUAUAACAAAGAAGCUUGUAGGGUAGCCCUCACACAAUAUAUUGUAUUAGAUGAGUUGCCAUUUAGACAUGUCGAGGGUGAAGGGUUCAAAAGAUUUGUCAAAACACUCCAACCUAGGUUUGAGAUCCCUUCUCGAAUGACUAUUGCUAGAGAUGUAUUGAAGUUAUAUAAGGAGGAGAAGGCGACAUUGAAAAAUAUUUUGAGCCGUGAGAGGAUAUCGAUUACUACCGAUACUUGGACUUCCAUUCAAAAUUUGAAUUACAUGGUCAUCACUGCUCAUUGGAUUGAUAAUUCUUGGGAGUAUCAGAAAAGAAUUAUCAAUUUUUGCCAAGUGGUAGAUCAUAAAGGGGAAACCAUUGGCCAUGAGAUCGACUUAUGUCUUUUAGAUUGGGGCAUCUCUAAGUUGUUUACCAUUACGGUAGACAAUACUUCGUCUAAUGAUGUUACUAUUAGAUACUUGAGGCAACAAUUCAAGGAGAAAGAGAGGGGCCUAAUUUUGGAUGGAGAGUUUUUACAUAUGAGGUGCUGUGCUCAUAUUGUGAACCUAAUUGUCACUGAAGGGUUGAAGGAAAAAUAUGGGUCAAUUACAGCAAUUAGAAAUGCUGCGAGAUGUCCCAACAAGAUGGAACUCCACAUAUCUAAUGCUCAAUUGUGCAAUGAAAUUUUGGAAGUAACAUUAAAGUUUAGUGGGUCUACUUAUGUUACUGCUAAUAAGUACUUCAUUGAGAUCUCCAAUAUGCAACAUGAGAUGUAUGACUUAGUAGCUGACGAUGAUGAGAAUGAGUUAUUGAGGACAAUGGCAAUGAUCAUGAUACUAAAGUAUGACAAGUAUUGGGGAAAACUUGAUAAUUGCAAUGAGGCACUUCUAAUUGCCUUGGUCCUUGACCCAAGAUACAAGCUUGACUAUCUCAGUCAUUGCUUUAGUGCUACUUAUGAUGAGAUGACGUGCAAAGAGAUGGUGAAAAAGGUAGAGAAGACAAUGCGGGAAAUGUUUGAUCAAUAUAAUGAGACAACAUCAAGUCUUCAUCCAUCGACAUCUAUGACUCAGCUAGAAUCAACCUCUAUUGUUAGUUCUUCAUCCACAUUCGUCAUGCCUGUUAGUGGUCGACCUAGUGCCAACAAGAAGUCACGAAAUUUGCAUGAUGAGUUUGUGGCACGGAGAUUGGAGAAGGAUGAUGGAGUGACAAAAAAUGAGGUCGAUAAAUAUUUUGAAGAGGAACCUGAGCGACCGACUGAGAAUUUUGAUGUUUUGGGAUGGUGGGCUAGUAGUGGGUGA